AUGUCGGUUCGCGUCGUCGCCAGGCUGCGGCCUCUCCUGUCUCAGGAGCUGGAGAAGGACAUCAUCGUUCGCACCGACAGCGUCGAGCCCGAGAAACCGGCGACAAUCGUCAAGAUUCCGAACCCGCGAAACGAAAGCGAGGAGUUUUCCUUUACCUUCAAUGGCGUCUACGGCUCAGAGACGACGCAGGAAACGCUUUUUACUUCCGAAGUGGCGCCGCAUAUAAAAUCACUGUUUCAGGGCCUCGAUGUUACCAUCUUCGCGUAUGGUGUCACGGGUACGGGAAAGACGCACACGAUGCGGGGAGGGAUGAAGCUGGCUGAACGAGGCGUGAUUCCCCGGUUGCUUAGCAGCAUCUUCCGCAGGGGGAAGAAGAUUAUGAAGGACACAGAUGGAGAGACUACGGUAGACGUAGCACUGUCCUACUAUGAAAUCUACAACGACAAGGUCUAUGACUUGAUGGAACCCCCUGAAAAACGAACGGCGACUGGGCUGCCCCUCCGCGCAGAAGCCAACGGCAAGACGGUCGUAGUGGGCUUGACGGAACGAGCUUGCGAGGAUCUCAAGGACUUUGAAACAUUCAGUCGAAGUCACGCCAUUCUACGGGUCAAGCUGACGCAGACAACCGGUAAUAUGGUUCUCGAAAGUACAGCAUCCGCCAUCGAUCUGGCUGGUUCGGAAGACAAUCGACGGACAGACAAUGGCAAGGAGCGGAUGGUGGAGUCGGCAGCCAUCAACAAGAGCCUGUUUGUGCUCAGCCAGUGCAUUGAUGCCAUUUCUCAAGGAGCCAAGAGGAUACCAUAUCGAGAGUCCAAGAUGACCCGGAUUCUAUCAUUAGGUCAGAACAAUGGCAUCACCGUCAUGAUCCUCAACCUAUCACCGCUGCGAAACUAUCAUUUGGAUACUCUUAGCAGUCUGAAUGUUAGCUCUCGAGCCAAGCGGAUUGAGCCAUUAAAGCCUCUGGCUAAUGCUAUAAAUACCCACAUCGCUGCCAGCGGAAACGCUGCGGCAAAGCCCGCGGAGGUGGCCAAGCCCGUCAAAGCUUUUAGUGUAUACACGGAUAAAGCGAAACCGUCAGCUAUUGCGCGACCAUCCCUGGGCUCCGCUCCUCCUCGCUCCUCCUCCAAGUCUCGGUCAUCUUCGCUGAAGCGGUCGUCGGACCAUCACGACACGACCUCUCGACCUAGCAAACUUGCUCGGCCAAUCAUUCACCAAACUCCACAGCAGCAAGUCGCAAAACCUUCACGGCCUUCAUUAGUGCCUCCAGCACCCUCAAAGCCCCCGCUGGCAUCGCAACAAACGCUCACUGUGACAGCAGCAGAAAUUGAGGCCUUGGUGGAGAAGAAAGUUAGUGAGAUACUAGCGGCAAGGGAAGCAGCUGAGGAAUCCAUUCGACGAAGUCAGACUUCGCCUGAAGUGAGUGAUGCGGUCCAAAGACGUCUGGAAGCUCUCGAAAGACGAAUUGAGAACGAAGAGUGGAGGGAAGACGCCAAAUCUGAGGGUCUGCGGUAUCUAUUGUCAGCAAGGCACCACAAGGAACGUGGUGAUGAUGCCGCCGCGCUCAAAGCCUACGAAAUGGCUUUACCAUAUUUCCCAAACCAGCCAAAGCUCCUUGGCAAGAUUGAGCGCCUAAAAGCACGUAUAGAAACUUCAGCGAGUUCAGGAGGCACAUCCCCCGAGAGACGGGAGAGGAGAAAGGAACGCAAGCCGAGACGCAAGACUACCAGCGAUGAAGAUGGCGAUGACGCCGAGGCAGAUGGAGAGGAGGAAUGCCAGGUUUCCACGCCAAAGAUCAAGGCAAUCAAGCUCAAGGCUAGAAGAGAACCAAACACCAUUCUUACAGAGGACGAUGAAGAUAACACGCCGCGUACUCAACGACUUCUCGAUUUGGUCAACUCACGAGAUGCGACGCAGAUCCGGGGGCUCGUAGGAUUCGGCGCGAAAAAGGCUCAAGACCUGGUAGACUAUUUGGAGUUGGCGAGCACCGAGGGCGCCAGUGAGAUGAAGAAUCUAUCUCAGCUACGAACGAUUCCUGGCUUGGGUGGGCGAACCGUAGAUCGCGCAUAUGAGGGAUUGGCAGCGAGGGCAUAA